AUGUUCUCCGCCAGGCAGAUAUUUACCCAGGCCCAGCGCCGCGGCUUUGCGGCCUCGGCCCGCGCAUCCUCCAAGGUGACGGUUUUGGGUGCCGCUGGUGGUAUUGGCCAGCCAUUGUCCCUCUUGUUGAAGCUCAACCCCAGGGUCAGCCAGCUCGCUCUCUACGAUAUCCGUCUAGCUCCCGGUGUCGCUGCCGACAUUGGUCACAUCAACACCAAGAGCGAGGUCCGCGGAUACGAUGCCACCCCCUCCGGUCUCGCCGAAGCCCUCAAGGGCUCUGAGAUCGUCUUGAUCCCCGCUGGUGUUCCCCGCAAGCCCGGCAUGACCCGUGAUGACUUGUUCAACACCAACGCCUCCAUCGUCCGCGAUUUGGCCAAGGCCGCCGCCGACCACGCCCCCGAGGCCAACAUCCUCAUCAUCUCCAACCCUGUCAACUCCACCGUUCCCAUCACCGCCGAGGUCUUCAAGUCUAAGGGUGUCUACAACCCCAAGCGUCUCUUCGGUGUCACCACCCUCGAUGUUGUCCGCGCCUCCCGCUUCAUCUCCCAGGUCAAGAGCACCGACCCUGCCAACGAGAACGUCACCGUUGUCGGUGGUCACUCCGGUGCCACCAUCGUUCCCCUCCUCUCCCAGUCCGGCUACAACCUUUCCGGUGAGCAGCUUGACAGCUACGUCAACCGCGUUCAGUUCGGUGGUGAUGAGGUCGUCAAGGCCAAGGACGGUGCCGGUUCCGCUACCCUCUCCAUGGCUAUGGCCGGUGCCCGCUUCGCCGAGUCCCUCCUGAAGGCCGCUCAGGGCCAGAAGAACGUCAUCGAGCCCACCUUCGUCGACUCUCCCCUCUACAAGGACCAGGGUGUCGAGUACUUUGCCUCCAACGUCGAGCUCGGUCCCAACGGUGUUGAGAAGAUCCACCCCGUUGGCAAGAUCACCGACCACGAGCAGAAGCUCCUCGACGUCUGCUUGGGCGACCUCAAGGGCAACAUCGCCAAGGGCAUCAAGUUCGUCAAGGAGAACCCCGGCAACUAAGCGUAUGCGCCGAAAAAUACGAAUUGUACAGUAGUAGUAAUGAGUGGCGGCGAGAGUACGUGAUGGCGAUGGAAAAAAAACUCUACGCUUCCAGGCGCUUGUAUUAUGUGUCCGGACUUUCUGGAACUGGGGAAUUUUGGGGUUCGGAUUCGGAUGCAUUUGGUACCUUGAGCGUUUGACGGAGCACCAUGUAGAUCUUUUUUUGUUGGUGUAACCUACGCGAAAAAUAUACUCCCUCUUUGCUCUCUUUGUAACAAAGCGUGUGCUGAUGAGUAUGACUGAAUGAUUUCUGAGGACGUCAUUGCACAUGAUUGAUCGAUUAUUGGAACGGGGUAGAUGGAGUAGUAAUGGUAGAGGGGAUCCGAGCCAACACGCUAGCGGAGCGCAAUAUGGGUAACCAAGCAGGACCAAAAUCAAGAAGGCCAGAACAGAAAUUGUGAAAAAUGUCUCGUCUAGAUUGUUGUAAC